AUGGCCUUUCAAACUCUAGCAACUGAGUUGAUCUUCAUCAUCGCUCAUCUGCUGAACCAGGCCGACCUCAAUGCCCUCAUCCAGACUUGCCGGCUCUUUUACAUUGUUCUCAACGACACUCUCUAUGUCAACAACGUCAACCGCAACCAUGGCUCGGCUCUGUUUUGGGCAGCAUCGAAAGGGAAUAUCGGAACGAUCCGACGCAUGAUGUCCCACGGAGCUAAAGUGCGAACAAAAGCCGAGAGUCCUACUUUCAUCCGUCAAAGCCUUACUUCCUUGCAGCCAUGGAACAGACAAGCCAACAGGAGCCCCCGAACAACGCGCCAGAGCAAUCUUGUAAUGAACUUUUCAACCUGUGGUGAAACUCCUUUACAUCGGGCUGCGGAGCGGAACCAAGAAGCAGUGGUGACAUACCUACUCGACCACGGAGGCGAUAUGAUGACCAUCGACACAUACGGAUACUUCCCAAUUCAACUCGCAGCGCACGGAGGCCACGCAUCCAUCGUCAAUAUUUUCCUGGAGAGAGGCUUCGAGCCCAAUACGCUUAGCUGGGCAACGGUUGAUGCAUCUGUUCUUCACAGCGCAAUAUGCGGCGGCCACACCAACAUCGUCAAACUCCUACUCGAGCACGGUGCAAACGCCAGCCUGAAAAAGAGCCCUGGCUACAUCCACCCUUCCCCCUUCGAACUCGCAAUCUCGGCAUAUUCGUGGCAAAGAAACCCGAAGUUGCUGAACUUGGAAGCCUCGCUUGGCAAAACGAAUGUUCUAAGGGGCCAAGAAGACUGUGCAAUGCUCCUGAUCGAGCGCGUGACACAAAUCGAGACGUUGGAUGAGAGCAGGUAUGUGCUUGAUGCAGCGAGGCUGAAUUUUGUCAAGGUCGUCAAGGCACUGGUGGAACUUGGCGCUGACCCGAACCUGCGUGUGAAUGGGUACACUGCACUGAGAUUUGCAAAGAACGCGCGGUCCCAGGAGUUGAUCGAUUUCCUGGAACCACUUACCAGUCCAAAUGGCAAGUCAAAGCGCAAGAAGCGCAAUGUCUAG